GUCGAUACGAUCGGUUGUGUAUAUAAUAUAUAUUAGCUUUAAUAAACGCUACGAAUCCGAAUAGCCAAUAUGGGCUGUACUUCCGGCUGUUUUAAGUGUUUCUUAAACAUACUCAAUACGGUCUACGCGCUCUUUGGCCUGUUGAUAAUUGGACUAGCCACGCUGAGCCUCAGCCAGGCACCGACUGCAUAUAUUAUCUAUUUGUAUGUGAUUGGCGGGGUGCUGUUUGCAUCGUCUAUUAUCGGUUGUUGUGGCAUCUGUCAGGAGAGUGUUUGCCUGACCACAACGUAUGGUUUCAUCUUGUUGGCAUUGCUGAUUGUGCAAUUGUUUGGCUUGUUUGGCAAUAGCUUCGAUGAGGAGUAUAUCAAACGCUAUGCGGUCGAAGAUGUCGAUGUGAAAUGGAAACAAGAGAUGGUCGAUCGUGGUGCUAUGGAUAAAAUACAGCGGACGUACGAAUGCUGUGGCCGCAACGGACCGGAAGAUUAUGUGAGCAUAGGUCGCACCACUCUACCAGACAGUUGUUAUCCCGAUGGCAAAACCAAUAUACCCUACUUCAUGACGGGCUGCGUAAAUGCAGCUGCUGAUGAAUUCCUUCGAUUCUUCAGCUACGCUGAUAAUAGCAAAUGGGGCUCGUUUGCUGUUACGGCUUUGCUGUGCUUCUGUACGUUUUAUUUAGUACUGCGCUUUCGCAAGGAACGCCAGAGAUACACAUAUCAUUAUUAAGAAAUUUAGAAUAUUUACAAUCUUUUCGAAAUGAACUUUUCCGAUUUGUCAAUAUUAUUUUUAGACACUUACAAAUAAAUUGUGAAUGCUUUUAUAG